GAAGGGGGGGGGGGGGGAACGGUCCAUCGAUGCCUCGGGGCUCUCAGCGUCGAGCCUGGCGCCUCCAUAAAGACGUGGAGGUGGAGACUAGAGCGGCGGCGGAAGCCGGGCGCAGCGCAGCGGGCAGAGGCACCGCGGACCGUCUGGGCAGAAUGUCACGAUGGAUGAGGGGGGCCUGCCCCUGCUCCCCGACAGCCUUGUCUACCAGAUCUUCCUGAGUUUGGGCCCUGCAGAUGUGCUGGCUGCUGGGCUGGUAUGCCGCCAAUGGCAGGCUGUGUCCCGGGAUGAGUUCUUAUGGAAGGAGCAAUUCUACCGCUACUACCAGGUGGCUCGAGAUGUGCCCCGCCACCCAGCGGCCACAUCCUGGUAUGAGGAGUUCCGGCGGCUCUAUGACAUGGUACCCUGUGUGGAGGUGCAGACACUGAAGGAGCACACUGACCAGGUCCUGCACCUCAGCUUCUCCCACUCGGGGUACCAGUUUGCCUCCUGCUCCAAGGACUGCACGGUGAAGCCUUUCUGGAACAGAUCUGGAACAACGACCUGACCAUCUCACUGCUGCACAGUGCAGAUAUGAGGCCAUACAACUGGAGUUACACCCAGUUUUCCCAGUUCAACCAGGAUGACUCACUGCUGCUGGCCUCAGGGGUGUUCCUGGGGCCACAUAACUCCUCCUCAGGCGAGAUAGCUGUCAUCAGCUUAGACUCCUUCGCCCUGCUGUCCCGUGUGCGAAACAAGCCCUAUGAUGUGUUUGGCUGCUGGCUCACAGAAACCAGCCUCAUUUCGGGGAACCUGCACCGCAUUGGAGAUAUCACCUCCUGCUCAGUGCUGUGGCUCAACAAUGCCUUCCAGGAUGUGGAGUCAGAGAAUGUCAACGUGGUAAAGCGGCUCUUUAAGAUCCAGAACCUCAAUGCCAGCACCAUCCGCACAGUGAUGGUGGCUGACUGUAGCCGCUUUGAUAGCCCGGACCUCCUGCUGGAUGCUAGCGACCAGGCUGGGCUCCCCUGCCGAGUCUUUGACCUAGGUGGGGACACUGAAGAAGAGGCCACUGACCCAGGUUUGCACACUUCUGGUUCUGACCACGUCAAGAAAGGUUUACGGCGUGUGUUUGAUAGCGUCUUGGAUGGACACGGACAGCUAUCGGAUUGUGCACUGGAGACCAAGGUGGCUGAGCUGCUGGCCCAGGGCCACACCAAGCCUCCAGAGUGCAAUGACGCUGACACCAGGAAUAAGUACCUCAUCUUCACCACUGGCUGCCUCACGUACUCACCGCAUCAGAUCGGCAUCAAGCAGAUCCUGCCACACCAGAUGACAACUGCAGGGCCCGUGCUGGGCGAGGGCCGGGGCUCUGAUGCCUUCUUUGAUGCCCUGGACCAUGUCAUUGAUGUGCAUGGGCACAUCAUUGGCAUGGGCCUGUCUCCUGAUAACAGGUACCUGUAUGUGAAUAGCCGUGCCUGGCCCCCUGGCUCAGUGGUAGCCGACCCCAUGCAGCCACCACCCAUUGCGGAGGAGAUUGACUUGCUGGUGUUUGAUCUCAAGACCAUGCGAGAGGUGAAGCGAGCUCUUCGAGCGCACCGUGCCUACACACCCAAUGACGAGUGCUUCUUCAUCUUCUUGGAUGUCAGCAGGGAUUUUGUGGCCAGUGGGGCUGAAGAUCGGCAUGGCUAUAUCUGGGACCGCCACUACAACAUCUGCCUAGCCAAGCUGCGGCAUGAGGAUGUGGUCAACUCCGUGGCUUUUAGCCCCCAGGAGCAGGAACUCUUGCUGACAGCCAGCGACGAUGCCACUAUCAAAGCCUGGCGUUCACCACGCAUUGUUCGUGUUCUGCAGGCUCCACGCCCUCGCCCCCGCCCUCGCCCCCGCCCCUUCUUCUCCUGGUUUGCCAGCCAUAGGCGCUGAAGGCUUCAGUGAUUUGAGCCAUUGGAACCUACUGGGGAAAAUGGUACCCCGUGGUUCUUUAUUGCACUGGGGCAGAGUAGCUCAUAGCAGCAAUGCCUUAGGAGGGGCAGCCUGACCCCAACACACACACACACACACACACACACAAAACCUGCUCACUUAGCCAUAAGGCUUAGCACUAGGGUAGCCCUUGUUGGCAGCACCAGAUCCCAUGCUAGCCUCUUGGCUAGCUUGGGGUACACAGGUCAUUGGGAACCCUGUUCUUCACCUACCCUCUUCCCUUGGGUUGGCAGCUCACACAGGUCCAAGCUGGCUUCUGCCUGGGUACCUUUCAUAUUCAGCCAAACCCACACCCUUGGAUGUCUUGAGUGUACCCUGGGCAGCAGGCCACAGGCACUGGUCUCUGAUAAUUCAGUUUUUGCUACUGAGUGGCCUGCAGUGGACUGUGGGUGCUGCAUGCUGCACUCCUGAACUGUUUGGGCCUGAAUAAACAGUUGGCAACAGC